CAACUUUUUAUGAAAAUUAAAUAAUGCGGUUGCCCUUUUUGGAACUGAUAACGCUAUUAAAAUACACAAGUAUUCUUUUAUUUUGUAACAUCUAUGAUUCAUUUUCGAGUGUUACUGAGUUUGUAGAACGCAAUAUUAACUGGAUAUGGGGAACUACAUAUGUAUUACUGUGAAAAGGAUUUUCAUCCGAAAUCUGUAUCCGAAUAGUGAAUCUCAUCCCCCUUUGUUUGGAAAACAUUCUUUGACAAGUUACCUAUGGAAUAUGCCAGAGUUUGGUAUAUAACCUUGUUGAAAAGAUAUUGAUCUCUUUGAUCAAUUUUACAAAAUGCAGUAAGGUUAUUUUAUCAGAUAAUGGCAUGUUAAUAAUGUAGCUUGUUGUGGCAUCCAACGAAGACGAUUUCACAAUGAAAUGGAAUUACUGCAGUAUGGUUUGAUUCUGUGUACAGCAAUUGAAUUGUUGCUGAUAACACUUCAAUUUCUAGCCAAAUCUGAGUUCUACAGUGAAGGUGGCAUGACUCACGGUGUCUCAAGAAGUUCAGUUUGUAAGAGUAUUUGGCAGGUGCUAAAAGCUUUAGACCGCCGCUUGAAUACUGUGGUAUUCCCUACAUCGGAGAGAGAACUGGUCCAAGUGAAACAAAAAUUUUUUGGUAUAGCCGGAAUUCCAAAUGUGAUUGGAGCAGUGGAUUGCACAAACAUCGCCAUGUUAGCCCCAAGGGAGAGAGAAGACAUAUAUGUGUGUCGGAAAGGAUACCAUUCCAUUAAUGUACAAGCUGUUGUAGAUGCAAACAUGAGAUUCACUAACAUUGUGGCAAAGUGGCCGGGAUCCACACAUGACAGUGUAAUCUUUGACAACUGUAGCUUGAAGGACUGGCUGGUGGAUGGAAGCAAAGGAUGGCUACUAGGAGACUCCGGCUAUGGACUGAAACCAUAUCUUCUUACUCCAAAGCUGAAUCCAAUGAGCAGAGCUGAGAUCGCGUUCAACUUGGCCCACAGUCGUUCGAGGAUGGUAGUAGAGAGGGCGUUUGGACUGUUGAAGUCACGUUUUAGGUGUCUUCACAAAACUGGAGGCUAUCUACAAUUUUCGCCUCAGAAGAUAGCUCUGGUUGUGACUGUAUGUGCCAAGCUGCACAAUCUGUGUCUGAGUGAUGGUUUCCUUGACAUUGAUGACAUUGACGUAGAAGAUGAUGAUGACAAUGUACAACUGCCACUGGAAAACCCUGACCUGAAUGCGUUGCGUGCACGGGCCUUACUGAUUGAGAGAUUUCACUAAAAAGGGAUUCUAUAUUAAUUUAAUAUAGAAUACCUUUUUCAGGGAAAUCGCUCAAUCAGUAAUGAAUUGAUUCUCAAUAGCAUACUGAACUGUU